CAGAAAAUCAGUUCGCAGAAAUGUCACUCAGCCAGUUCCUGUUCGCCUUUUUCGUGUCCUGGUGCUUUUUAUCCUCGACCCACGCCACCUGCAACGUGUGCAACUCCGUCAACAAUCUGACCUGUUACUCCUCUACGCAAAUGCAAGCCUGCAAUGCGAGUGGCACAUCCACCGGGUCGCCCACCGACUGCCCUAGUGGCUAUGUUUGUGUGAGCGGUACGGGUGGGGUGCUCUGCGAACCGGAGGACUCCACCGGAGGCAGCCAGGCUGAUUGCCAGGAAUGCAACAAGUGCGACUCCAGUCAGACAUUCGCUUGCACCGGAACCAGCACCUUUGCCCUAUGCCUGGGAACGGAUACGGUCCAGAAUUCGACGGGAACCUGUGCCGAUGGCUAUGUUUGCAACAUCAACGAUACCCAGAUAUGCGGCCUGUCAUCGGGCGGGGUAGCCCCCACAUGUUCGUAUGCGGAUGAUACCACCACAACCACCUCCACCACCGCCGCCACAACCACUGCGGCCACACCCUCGACGAGCUCAGCCUCCAGUUAUUGUGCGGCGGUGCAAUCGCAGGGAAAAUUUGCGGUAGGCAAUGAUGCGUAUACGACCUGUCGCCAGUACAUCGAAUGCAGCUUGGUCAGCGGCAGCUGGGUCGGACAGACAUACACCUGUCCGGGAUCCUUGUACUUCAGUAGCUCAGCCAGCUUGUGUGUGGGCACGAUGCCCUCCACCUGCUCCACCAGCGUGAGCUCCACCACAACCACCACUGCCGCACCGACCACCAGUAAUCCGAAUGCAUACUGCCAAGCGAUGCAGUCGCAAGGAUACUUCCCAGUGGGCACGGAUGCCAGCACCACCUGUCACGAGUACAUCUACUGCUUUUUGCUCAAUGGCAGCUGGGGCGGCCAGUCGUACACCUGUCCAGGUGACAUGUACUACAACAGUGCCAGCAAGCUCUGUGCCACGGAUUUGCCCUCGACCUGCUCCACUUCGGUGGCAAGCCUGACGCUAAAUGGAGUUAAUUUGGAUUAAGCCAACUAAUGGAGUAACGAGUCAGGAGUAUUUCAAGGUUUAUUAUUAAUUCGCAAGCCUUA